AAUUAGAAGUCACCCCCAAAAUUUACUACAACGCAAACACACUCGAGUCUAUUUCCUCAACAGGACGAGAUUGUAACAUGUAGUAGCAGAAAUUAAUGAUGUUGAAAAUUCAAAAGAGAGAGAGAGAUAGAGAGAGAGAGAGAGUUUUAAGCCCAUAUGGACUGCAAGUCUUUGAUCAACUUUCUUCCUGAGUCCCCCUCUGUGUGAAUUGUGGAAAUUUAAUACAGAAUCAAUCAAUUCACAACUCAAGUGUUUUGUCUUUCUACACCAAUAAUAGUUCUGAAAUCAUGUGGUUAAUCGACAUCUCUGUCUGCUCUCUCUCUGUGAAAAUGCAUACCAAACCCAGCCAGGAACUGUUUCUCAUCCUCCUGGCAUUGGCAACCCUUUCACCACUCCGUUUCCCAGGUUCUUAUAGUCAGCAAGAUGUGUGUAGCCACUCAUUUCAGUGCGGCAACAUAACUAACAUAACAUACCCCUUCUGGGGAGGCAGCCAGCCCCGAGACUGUGGUUUGGGAGGCUACCAGCUCCUUAACUGCGAGGGCGAUUUUGCUUUACUUUAUAUCCCACCAUUAAUGUACCGAGUCUUGGAAUUCGAAUCCUCGAAUCAAACUCUCAAAGUCGCAAGACAAGACUUACUCGGUAGUGCAUGCCCAACUACUUUCUACAACACAACCUUACAAGACCCUUUCCACUUUCCUCCCCAUUCUAACGACCAGAACAUCACUCUGUUCUUCGACUGCUUCGUUGAUAAGAACGGGACGAGAAUCGUCUUUGCCAAUCAGUUUGGCUGCACAAGUCUGUUCGGAGCAGGGGAUGCAUCGUCCCGCCCAGGACCAAAUAUCACGUGCCCCAACAGUAUUUCUGUUCCAGUCAACCAAACGGCGGCCCAGGCUCUGAAAAAUCGUAAGGCCGCUGAUGUCCUGCAGGAGGCUUUAGCCAGCGGGUUCCUCAUCAAGUACCGUGUGUUUUGUGAAGCUGGAGUGUAUGCUCAGUGCAUCGCGCGGCCGGUGAGGGCGCCAGCUCCCUCUCCUGUUUAUCAGGAGGGACCUAGAGCAACGGUGAUAAUUGUCUUAGCAGCCCUUAUUAUAUGCAUAGCAUUCGUUAUCACAUGUUGCCGUUGCCUCAAAAGACGACUCGCCGCGCGCCGCAACCCUAACAAGGAACGCAUAGAGAAGUUUCUACUCCAACAUGGAUCUCUGGCUCUAAAGAGAUACAAAUACUCAGAAAUCAAGAAAAUAACCAAGUCCUUCAAUGACAAGCUUGGUCGAGGAGGAUACGGUAGCGUCUAUCAAGGACUGCUGCCCGACGGCUGUCCCGUUGCUGUCAAGAUUUUGAUCGACAGCGACUGCGACAGCAAUGGGGAAGAGUUCAUCAAUGAAGUAGCCAGCAUCAGUAGAACCUCCCAUGUCAAUAUUGUCAAUCUCUUGGGGUUUUGCUACGACGGAAACAAGAAAGCUCUUGUCUACGAAUUUAUGCCCAAUAAAUCUUUAGACAAGUUCAUAAGUAAUAAUGCAGAUUCUCAGUUGGAUUGCGAAAAGCUGUACAAGAUUGCUGUUGGAGUUGCCAAAGGCCUGGAAUAUCUGCACACAGGCUGCAAUACCAGGAUUGUUCAUUUCGACAUCAAGCCUCAGAACAUUCUUUUAGACGACGACUUCUGCCCCAAAAUCUCCGAUUUUGGGCUCGCCAAGCUGUGCAAGAAGAAGCAAAGUAUAUUAUCAGUGCUUGGGACAAGAGGCACUAUUGGCUAUAUUGCUCCGGAAGUAUUCUCCAGGAAUUAUGGAGGAGUUUCUCAUAAGUCCGACGUCUACAGCUACGGAAUGAUGGUUCUUGAAAUGGCUGGUGCAAAGAAAAUCGUGGAAUCUGAGGCAGCUGCGCAGUCGAGCGAGAAUUAUUUUCCUGACAGAAUCUACGAGCAGGUAGUAGUUGAUGUGAGCACGAAUUCAGAUGAUUUGAUGAUUGAGGUGGAACAAGAAACAACUAGGAAAAUGUUUUUGGUAGGAUUUUGGUGUAUUCAGACAAAUCCAUCGGACAGGCCGUCGAUGUCUAAGGUUGUGGAAAUGUUAGAAGGCAGUGUUGCAUCCAUGCCAAUUCCACCGAAGCCGUUCCUGUUUACUCCAAGUUUCCCAACAUCGGUGCCUGAAUUUUCCUCCACACUGUCAGCAUAUGUAGAGACAGAGAAUUCAGCUGAAGUUUAAUCUAUUUGGAAUUACAAGUGGAUAUCCAAGAAUAAUGAUCCACAUUGAUAUGGUAAGUUAGGACUUUUGCAAAUUUGUGAAAAUCAUAUAGUACUUAUUGGUCUUCAGAUUUAUAUGUUACUGUAAAUAUUGAAAUAUUUAGUAGCAGGAUAAGAUAUAAUCUUCGAUGUUAUAUACUCAAUAAUAGUGUAUA